CCAAAAGAGCAGAAGUUAGUGCGGGGAGGAUGUGAAACGAGACUGACCCCAGUGAUAAAAACACGCAAAAUGCGGGCAGUUCGGGGAAUCGAUGUAUAGUCCUCGUAUAAAAAGGUAGGAAGGCAGAUCUCUCUCAUUACACAUCCUUCGACCUUUUCUCUUUCCAUCACUCCACCUCACCUCAUGGCUGCCCGUAGUCCCAUUACGUGCCAUGUGCUCGACUCGACCCACGGUCGACCUGGUCGCAACGUGCCCGUCAAGUUGGAGGCACUGAACACUGCCGCGAAUAACACCUGGAGCGGACUCGCCGAAGGUUUGACCGAUGCGGAUGGGCGCGUGAGCACAUUGCUGGACCCAUCGCACCAACUCGUUGCGGGCGUCUAUCGCAUGACCUUCCAGACUGCCGACUAUUGGGCCUCGGUUGGUGUCAGUGGCUACUUUCACCCAUAUGUCCAGAUCAUCUUUGAGAUCGCUCCUGGUGCAGAGAAGCAGCAUUACCAUAUUCCUUUGCUUCUCAGCCCUUACUCCUACACUACCUACCGCGGAUCGUAGGUUGUUGAGCAAGGGUCGGAAACGAGGACAUUGAUAGUGAAAGCGCAAUAAACCCAAUC